AUGUCGCCUACUCAUCCCCAUACCGUAAACGCCGUACCAAACAGCCCGGAUGGCGACGACGACGAUAUUUGCCCUGUGUGCGAUGGCGAAUGCACCUGCUCUUCCAAUCACCCUGCGCCCUCUUCUUCGCCCUCGAAACCCGUUCUCAAAAUACGUCUCACAGUACCCCCUGCGCUCCGUGUAACCAAAUCCCAGCCGGCUUCUCGUGGAAAACAUAUCGAGCAGACGACAUUCGCCACCGCACACGACGGAAACUCUUUGUCUUCGGCCCAUGUCCCCAAACGUAGAGGCAGGCCUCCAAAGAAUGCCCCUCGUCCGCCUAAAGCACCCACAACGCGUAGAAAACCACCACCUAAAUCAGUAUUCAAAAAGAAAACACCUCCUACCAAGCGCAAGCGAGCGGCAUCGAAUGCCGAUUCUUCCGAACUUACAGACAUCGAUGAUGACGACGCACGGUGCAUCCAGUUCCCUACAUUCGUGUCAGCAUCUGCUUUGUCGUCUGCGGCGUCAUCUACUGAUUCGGACGACUCUGACGACUUUGAUACCGACUCCUCAAUCGAGGCAGAGGAGGAGAAUUUUAUUCUUGCUGAAGAACGUGCGAGAGUUAGGAGAGAGUUGCUGGGUGACGACGUGCCCAGUAGCCUGAGCAGAAGAAGAGACAGUUGGGUUAUCCAUCCACGCAAGACGAGUGUAGGAGGCCUCAGUGACGUGGAUAUGGACGGCGAAACUGAUGAGGAGGAUGACGAUAAUGACGACGACGACGACGACGACGAAGAAGACGAAGAAGCUGCCGAAGAAGAUGAAGAUGGUGAUGCAGAGGAAGGAGAUGACGAAGAAGACGGCCGUCCUAAGUACACUGGCAUGGCCACAGGAUGGUCAGAUGGCGAAGAAUCUAGCUUUGACGCAGAUCUUUUCUUUGCCAAUCUUUCGGGUUCCUCCUCCUCCGACGACGACGACGAGGAAGAACAAGACGUUACAAUAGACCCAGUCGCCCUUGCCGGAGCCCUUGCCAGUAUCCAGCCUCGGGAUCUUCCCUUCGAAGUGACGGAAGGCUGGGAUGGCCAACUUAUGUUCACCAGUGGUCCCGGAGGCGGUGUCUUGGAAGCAGAAUUCGACGCCAUGGCUGCCCAGUUCAUUGUAGACAGCAGCGCCUCACCUAGCGGUGCUGACGACGAUGAUGACGACGUCAAUAUGCAAGAUGCAGAUGAGGAGGAUGAGGACAGAGAAGAAGAAGCGGGCGAUGGCGGCGACACCACAGAUGAAGAUCUCGUAGGCACAGACGAUUUGCCCAACGAACGCGCAAUGCGUCUGUUCAACCUUCCAUUCGAAUUGAACGUAGAGUCCAUCAAUCCUUUGUCGACGAUGAGUCCAAUCCGUCGGCGUGCCCUACAGGGACAGCUGAUGACCAAAAGUACUGCCGGAGACAUUCUGACCGGGAAAAUGUUUGGAGAGUUCGACGACGAAGAGGAAGAGGAGGAAGAAACUCAUACCAGACCAAAGACUGUUGGUGGUCCAAGACAAGGCUAUUUUGAGGUUGAGACUUUGGUCGAUGAUAAUAAAGUGGUUGUCAUUGACAAUGAACACAAACCGGUCCCUUCACCUCAUACUGGAACCAGAGGAAGAGGCAGAGGAAGAAGAAGGAUUGAAGGUAUCAACCGCCCUCUUCCGCAGUUCAUUCUUUCUAAACGAUCUGCAACUCCCAGCAGUACUACUGAAGCUAUCAAUGCACUUAGCAUCACUUCUCCUGAGCCUGAGUCCGGACAUUCCAUGUUGGCGCCUUCCAUUGAACUUGAUGAUGUCCUUGACUCGGCCUUUCUCGAGGGAUCAUCUUCCGAACACUCCGCGCCGACGCCUACAACGUUUGAACACAUGCGUAACCUCACGAGAUGGGACCUCAUAUCUGUCGGUGCUUUUCGUAAGACUCGUGAAGAUAUUGGCGGAUGGAAUUCCGACACGGCAUCUGAUGGGCACGGAUAUGGCGGUGUCAUGAAAAGCAGCCCGUUAGCUGAGAUGUUGUGGCAGAACAAGAUGGGGACGAAGAAUGCGAACUUGAAUGGAGAGGGCGAGAGGACGCGUAAAGAAAUUCGCAGAGAGAGGAAGCUGCGACGGAAAGCUGGCGGUAUGGUUGCAAUUCCCAAAAAUUUAAAGGGAAAAGGUAGCGGGAAGUUAUUUCACCACCACCAUCCGCAUCAUCCAAACUCGAAAAGUAGGGGUGCUGGGUCUUCACAAAGGACGAACCUUCACCAGACUGGAGGAAGUUCGCCUAUUGCAUAA